GCUACCAGCGACGUUUCCCCUUCCCCUCGCCAAUUCAAAUCCUCGGAGCUGCCCGCGGAGAGAGUCGACCUCUUCCUCCGCCGCCCCCGGAAACAUCUCAACCGUUCGAACCUUCUAGAAGCUCUCUCCAUAAAUAAACCCUCGUCGAUUUUCUUUUCUCAGUACUCGCUUCUCAAAAUCUUAAAAAGGAAAAAAGGGGGGGAAACGCUCAUCAGAAAAGUUCAAGAUCUAGGGUUUAGAUCGGAUCAAUGGCGGGAAAGGGCGAGGGGCCGGCGAUCGGCAUCGAUCUUGGGACGACGUACUCGUGCGUGGGGGUGUGGCAGCACGAUCGGGUGGAGAUCAUCGCCAAUGACCAGGGGAACAGGACGACGCCGUCCUACGUGGCGUUCACCGACACCGAGAGGCUGAUCGGCGACGCGGCGAAGAACCAGGUCGCCAUGAACCCCACCAACACCGUUUUCGAUGCCAAGCGCCUAAUUGGCAGGAGAUUUAGUGACGCUUCUGUCCAGAGUGAUAUCAAGCUCUGGCCUUUCAAGGUUGUUCCUGGCCCUGGUGACAAGCCCAUGAUCAUUGUCAAUUACAAAGGUGAAGAAAAGCAGUUUGCAGCUGAGGAAAUCUCCUCUAUGGUUCUGAUGAAGAUGCGUGAGAUUGCUGAGGCAUACUUAGGCUUUGCUGUCAAAAAUGCUGUCGUCACCGUUCCUGCAUACUUCAAUGAUUCUCAGCGCCAGGCUACCAAAGAUGCUGGUGUCAUUGCUGGCCUAAAUGUCAUGCGUAUCAUCAACGAACCCACUGCUGCUGCCAUUGCUUAUGGUCUCGAUAAGAAAGCAGCUAGUGUCGGGGAGAAGAACAUUCUCAUUUUUGACCUCGGUGGAGGUACCUUUGAUGUGUCUCUUCUUACCAUCGAAGAAGGUAUUUUUGAGGUGAAGUCCACAGCUGGUGACACCCAUCUUGGUGGAGAGGACUUUGACAACAGGAUGGUGAACCAUUUCGUUCAGGAGUUCAAGAGGAAGCACAAGAAAGACAUUACCGGAAACCCAAGAGCUCUCAGGAGGCUGAGGACAUCCUGUGAAAGGGCAAAGAGGACACUCUCCUCCACUGCCCAGACCUCAAUUGAGAUCGACUCCCUCUUCGAGGGCAUUGAUUUCUAUUCUACAGUUACCCGUGCAAGGUUCGAGGAACUCAACAUGGACUUGUUUAGAAAAUGUAUGGAGCCUGUGGAGAAGUGUUUGAGGGAUGCGAAGAUGGACAAGAGCACCGUCCAUGAAGUUGUUCUUGUUGGUGGAUCCACUAGGAUUCCUCGAGUUCAGCAGCUUUUGCAGGACUUUUUCAAUGGUAAAGAGCUUUGUAAGAGCAUCAAUCCUGAUGAGGCUGUAGCCUAUGGCGCUGCUGUCCAAGCUGCCAUUUUGAGUGGUGAAGGAAAUGAGAAAGUCCAGGAUUUGCUACUGUUGGAUGUCACCCCUCUUUCUCUUGGUCUGGAGACUGCAGGAGGAGUCAUGACUGUGCUGAUUCAAAGGAACACAACUAUCCCAACCAAGAAGGAGCAGGUUUUCUCUACAUACUCUGAUAACCAGCCCGGUGUCUUGAUCCAGGUUUAUGAGGGCGAAAGGACGAGAACAAGGGACAACAAUCUUCUCGGUAAAUUUGAGCUCUCGGGGAUUCCACCAGCUCCGAGGGGAGUUCCACAGAUCACUGUCUGCUUUGAUAUCGAUGCAAAUGGUAUCUUAAAUGUCUCUGCAGAGGAUAAGACAACCGGGCAAAAGAACAAGAUUACAAUCACUAAUGAUAAAGGCAGGCUGAGCAAAGAGGAGAUUGAGAAGAUGGUGCAUGAGGCUGAGAAAUACAAGUCAGAGGACGAAGAGCACAAGAAGAAGGUGGAAGCUAAGAAUGCAUUGGAGAAUUAUGCGUACAAUAUGAGGAAUACGAUCAAGGAUGAUAAGAUUGCGUCAAAGCUUACAGCGAGUGAUAAGAAGAAGAUUGAAGAUUCGGUUGAAGAGGCGAUUAAUUGGCUAGACAGCAAUCAGCUCGCAGAGGUUGAUGAGUUUGAAGAUAAGAUGAAGGAAUUGGAGGGGAUUUGUAACCCUAUUAUUGCUAAGAUGUAUCAGGGUGAAGGUGCAGGAAUGGCUGCAGGGGCUGAGGAUGGUGCUGCUUCCGGUGGUGAUGGAGGUGGGGCUGGUCCUAAGAUAGAGGAGGUUGAUUAACUUGGUAGUGAAUAAAAUUUUUGCAGAGUUUGGCUUCUAGUGAUUAUGCCAGAAUUUGGUUCUUCUCAGAAAAAACAGAAUAAUUUUGGUUGCUAUGACCCUAGAUAAUUUCUUGAACUACAUGUAAAUAACGCAAAGUCAGUUGUUUUACUGAUAUUCUACUUCACCAUGAUUAUUUAUAAAUGGGUAACUAGUUUCGCAAUUUGUGAAACUUACUAUUAGUUUC